GGCGCCCAGCCCGCGCGGAGGUCGCUGUCGCCUGCUGCUGGCUCCUCACCGUCCUCGGCUUCUGCGUGUCCUUCAAUGUCGACGUGAAGAACUCAAUGACCUUCAGCGGCCCCGUGGAGGACAUGUUUGGCUACACUGUGCAGCAGUAUGAAAACGAAGAAGGGAAAUGGGUGCUCAUCGGUUCGCCUCUGGCUGGCCAGCCCAAGAACAGGACUGGGGACGUCUACAGGUGUCCCGUGGGCAGAGGGGAGGCGUUGCCUUGCGUCAAGCUGCAUCUGCCAGUGAAUACGUCCAUCCCCAACGUCGCAGAAGUGAAAGAGAACAUGACGUUCGGAAGCACCUUGGUCACCAACCCCAACGGCGGGUUUCUGGCCUGUGGGCCCCUGUACGCCUACAGAUGUGGACACCUGCACUACACGACCGGGAUCUGUUCCGACGUCAGCCCCACCUUCCAGGUGGUCAACUCCAUCGCCCCCGUGCGAGAGUGCGGCACCCAGCUGGACAUCGUCAUCGUGCUGGACGGCUCCAACAGCAUCUACCCCUGGGACAGCGUCACGGCCUUCCUGAACAGCCUGCUGGAGAGGAUGGACAUCAGCCCGAAACAGACGCAGGUCGGGAUCGUGCAGUACGGAGAAAACGUGACCCACGAGUUCAACCUCAACACCUACGCGUCCACGGAGGACGUGCUCGUCGCUGCCAAUAAAAUAGUGCAGAGAGGCGGCCGCCAGACCAUGACAGCCCUCGGGAUAGACACGGCCAGGAGAGAGGCGUUCACCGAAGCCCGAGGCGCCCGAAGAGGGGUCAAGAAAGUCAUGGUCAUCGUGACGGACGGCGAGUCUCACGACAACCACCGGCUGCACACGGUCAUCCAGGACUGCGAGGGGGAAAGCAUCCAGCGGUUCGCCAUAGCGAUUCUCGGCAGCUAUAACCGGGGCAAUUUAAGCACUGAAAAGUUCGUGGAGGAAAUAAAAUCCAUCGCCAGCCAGCCCACCGAAAAGCACUUCUUCAACGUGUCCGAUGAGCUGGCUCUCGUCACCAUUGUCGAGGCUCUGGGAGAAAGAAUAUUCGCCCUGGAAGCCACGGUGGACCCGUCGGCGGCUUCGUUUGAAAUGGAAAUGUCGCAGACCGGCUUCAGUGCUCAUUACUCACAGGACUGGGUCAUGCUAGGAGCAGUAGGAGCCUAUGACUGGAACGGAACUGUCGUCAUGCAGAAGGGGAGUCAAAUCCUCAUCCCCCAAAACACGACCUUCAAUGUUGAGUCUACCAAAAAGAACGAGCCCCUUGCUUCCUAUUUAGGUUACACGGUCAACUCCGCCACGGUCCCUGGAGACGUGCUGUACAUUGCGGGCCAGCCCCGGUACAACCACACAGGCCAGGUCAUCAUCUACCGGAUGGAGGAUGGGGACGUCAGGAUUCUCCAGGCGCUCCGUGGAGAGCAGAUCGGUUCCUACUUCGGCAGUGUUUUGACGACAGUGGACAUCGACAAAGACUCUAACACUGACGUGCUGCUGGUCGGGGCCCCCAUGUUCAUGGGAGCAGAGAAGGAGGAGCAGGGAAAAGUGUACGUCUACUCCGUGAGCCAGGUGAUGGGGAAGACGAGGUUUGAGUAUCAGAUGAGCCUGGAGCCCAUCAAGCAGGCGUGCUGUUCGUCCCUGAAGCACAAUUCAUGCACGAACAAGAACAAACACGAGCCGUGCGGGGCUCGGUUCGGGACCGCCAUCGCUGCCGUGAAAGACCUCAACCUGGACGGGUUCAAUGACGUGGUGAUCGGCGCCCCGCUGGAGGAUGACCACGGGGGUGCGGUGUACAUCUACCACGGGAGUGGCAGGUCGCUGAGGACACCGUUCGCGCAGCGUAUUGCGUCAGGGGGAGAUGGCAAGACGCUGAAAUUUUUCGGCCAGUCCAUUCACGGAGAAAUGGAUUUGAACGGUGACGGUCUGACUGAUGUGACCAUCGGGGGCCUUGGUGGUGCUGCCCUCUUCUGGUCCCGAGACGUGGCAGUAGUUACAGUGACCAUGAAUUUUACUCCGAAUAAAGUGAACAUUCAGAAGAAGAACUGUCAGAUGGAGGGAAAGGAGACAGUGUGCAUAGAGGCUAUGGUGUGUUUCGAUGUGAAACUGAAGUCCAAAGAAGACACGGUGUACGAGGCUGAGAUGCAGUACCGCGUCACCCUGGACUCCCAGAGACAGAUAUCCCGCAGUUUCUUCUCUGGGACCCAGGAGAGAAAGAGUCAAACAAACAUCACCGUGCGGGGAUCCAAGUGCGCCUCCCAUUUCUUCUACAUGUUGGACAAGCAUGACUUCCGGGAUUCCAUACGAGUGACCGUGGAUUUCAAUCUUACGGAUCCCGAAAACGGGCCCAUUCUUGAUGAUGCUCUCCCAAAUUCAGUACAUGAAUAUAUCCCUUUUGCCAAAGAUUGUGGAAACAAGGAAACAUGUAUCUCAGACCUCGCCCUGGAGGUGUCCACCAUGGACAAGGACCUGAUGGUCGUCAGAUCCCACAAUGACAAGUUCAACGUCACCCUCACCGUCAAAAAUAAAGGAGACAGUGCCUACAAUACUAGAACCAUGGUGCAUUAUUCUCCAAAUCUCAUUUUUUCAGGAAUUGAGGCGAUCCAGAAAGACAGCUGCGAAUCCAAUCAUAACAUCACCUGUAAGGUCGGGUACCCCUUCCUGAGGAGCGGAGAAAUGGUAACUUUCAAAAUAUUAUUUCAAUUUAACACAUCCUAUCUCAUGGAAAAUGUGACCGUCCAUUUAAACACAACAAGUGACAGUGAGGAGCCGCCGGAAACCCUGUUCGACAAUGAGGUCAGCAUCUCCAUCCCCGUCAAAUACGAAGCCGGGCUCCAGUUCUCCAGCUCUGCCAGCGAGCACCAUGUUUCAAUCACGGCCAAUGACACAGUUCCCGAAAUUAUUAAUUCUACCGAGGACAUUGGAAAUGAAAUUAAUAUCUUCUACUUGAUUAGGAAAAGUGGACACUUCCCAAUGCCACAACUUAAGUUGUCCAUCUCAUUCCCCAACCUGACAUCGGAUGGCUAUCCCGUGCUGUACCCAAGUGGGUGGUCGUCUUCCAACAAUGCAAACUGCAGACCCGAUCACCUGCAGGAUCCUCUUGGUAUCAACUCCGGGAAGAAAACGAUCGUGCUCAAAUCUGAAGAUCUCAAACGAGGCACAAUUCUGGACUGCAGCACCUGUCAGUCGGCUACCAUCACGUGCAGCCUGCUUCCGUCCGACGUGAGCCAGGUCAACGUCUCCCUCGUCCUGUGGAAACCGACUUUUAUAAAAGCGCAUUUCUCCAACUUCAAUCUCACCGUCAGGGCAGAACUUGCGAGUGAAAACACAUCCCUGGUGUUGAGUCCCGGCAAUCAGAAACGACAGCUUGCAAUCCAAAUCUCCAAGGACGGGCUCCCGGGCCGCGUGCCGCUGUGGGUGAUCCUGCUCAGUGCCUUCGCCGGCCUCCUGCUGCUGAUGCUGCUGGUGGUGGCGCUGUGGAAGAUUGGAUUCUUCAAAAGACCACUAAAGAAGAAAAUGGAGAAAUGAAAUAUUUUACGAGAGAAAAAAUAAUUAAUGAUCUAUUCUCAGGUUUGCCUCAAAUAUGUGACAAGAAAUUUAUAAAUAUGAUGAAGACAGUCACAUAAAUUUAUAUAAUCUA